GUCACUCAAAGAAACUAUAUUAGGAAACAAAGCAAAAAUCAAUCAAGAGAGUUUCAUAAAGGAAUGAGAUUUUCAUUCUGUAAAUGCUAUCCAACCAAAUCUCAACCGAUUUUCAUUUGAAAAAUACUAUGGUUAGACACAAAGAGAUCCUAACCGUCCAUUACAGACAAUCAUGUUUGGUUAUAUAGCAAAACUCUCUUUAUAUUAUUUUUAAUAUUCUUGAUUAAUAAAUAAAUUAAAGAAGGAAAUACAUUAGAAAAGUAUAUAACUCAUUCUUUUGUGACUUUCUAACUAACUUCAGUUUGGGUGUACUUUUUUGUUUUUCAUCUUUUUUUACCAAAUUGUAAAGUAUAUAACUCAUUUUUAUAUGUACAAACCUACCUAAUCACCUCCUGCCUCCCCCAGUAAGGCCAUCCAUCCAAUCCCUGCUUUAGCAGUAUACUCUUUUAUUUCCUCUACAACAGAAAGUAGAAACCUUUUACUUGAGCAGACUAGACUAGACUAUACAACACUACAAGAGAAAGGUGGGGUUUUGUGAGUCAUUGAAAGUCUUACCAGAAAAUACAAACAAACAUGUAUAUGGAUAAUGGAAGCUGCAGCUUUGAUCCCAUUGACACAGCAGAAGCCACUGCCGUUGGUCCUGAAGAUGCCUUCAACUCCCAGCUGCCUCCUCCACCGCCACCACUACCAUCCAUGACGGGCUUUUCAGCUGCUGAUGAGAUUACUUCAGCUGCAGAAGAGCUUGCCUCAGCUGUAGAAGAGUUUGCUUACCACCAACAUCAACACCAGCACCAGCACCAGCACCAUCAUCUUCUUCCUAAUUCUCAAGAAGAAGCAGCCAUUAAUAUGGAGCUUCAGCAACAACUCGCAUUCAACAUGGACAACUCUUACAACACUGAUAUCAACACCACUGCUCAGUUGGUGUCAUUUGAUCAUCUUCAGCAUCACAAUCAUCAUCAUCAUCAGCAGCAGCCUCAAUGGGAUAAUGAAGACAUGUCUUACAACAACAAUAAUCAUCGCCAUAAUCAACAUCAUCAGGAGCCUGCUGAUCUCCUCAGCCUCUUCCACUUGCCCAGAUGCUCGGCCACCUCCUCCUCAUCCAUCACCUUCACCAACCCGACCCCACCGAAAACAGCCAACUUCCCAAACACUUCCCUGGCCUUUCUGGGAGAUGUUCCAAUGGGAACUGACAGCCCUCCUUCCUCGUCUAUUCUGUACGACCCGCUGCUUCAUCUGAACUUACCUCCGCAGCCUCCUCUGUUUAAGGACUUGUUUCAGCCUCUCCCAAAUGGCUAUGCCUUUCCCUCCUCAUCCUCAAGAAAUGGAUCCUUGUUCAGUAAUGGUGUAAUGGAUAUGGAUGGAGAGGGGAGUGGUGGGGUUUAUCAGGAUGGACUUGAAGGAAUGCAGUUUGAAAGUGGUGUGUUGGAGUUUGCAAGGGACAGAUCUUAUAUUGACAGAGGAAGAGAUGGCAGAGGAACCAAACACUUUGCUUCAGAGCGCCAUAGGAGAGUGCAGAUGAGUGACAAGUACCACGUGUUAAAGAGCUUAGUUCCUAACCCAACUAAGAAUGAUAGAGCAUCAGUAGUGGGAGAUGCGAUUGAGUACAUCAGAGAGCUGAGGAGGACAGUGAAUGAGCUAAAGAUACUGGUGGAGAAGAAGAGGAGAGGCAUAGAGGCUAACAAGAGGCGUAAAUCAGAGGAAGAUACUGCUGGAGAGGUAGAGAAUUGCAACAUCAAGCCUGAACCUGAUCACUCCUACAUAAGGAGCUCUUGGCUGCAGAGGAAAUCUAAGGACACUGAAGUUGAUGUUCGCAUAAUCGACGAUGAGGUAACCAUCAAACUCGUCCAGAGGAAGAAGAUCAACCUCUUGCUCACUGCCUCAAGAGUUCUUGAUGAGCUUCAGCUUGAUCUUCGCCAUGUCGCUGGUGGACAUGUGGGAGACACUUACAGCUUCUUGUUCAACACCAAGAUAUAUGAAGGCUCUUCUUUGUAUGCAAGUGCCAUUGCCAACAAACUCAUGGAUGUUCUGGAUAGGCAAUUUGGAGUCAUUCUUCCACUUCCACCUACAAAUAGCUAUUAGCUAUUUGACAAUCUAAGAUGUUAUCACUUUAUAAUAUAUAUGUUACAGUUUAAUAUGAAGUUGGUAGACUGAGAGACUUAUUAAUAGAUAUAAUAAACCUUUGGUUGUAGGAAUGAUGGUUUUAGACCUCAUUCUGACAAUUGGGGGAACAUACAUAUUAUAAGUAGAGGUUAUGGUUAUUAGUAUACUUGUGUUGUGAUCUCUUAAUGCUACUAACACUUGAGGAACACUUGAAGUUUGGCUUAUUUUCUAUGAGAAUAAUUUUCAUCUCUAUGCUAAGGCUUCCAAAGAGAGCUGGCCUAGACUUGAAGCUCAA